AUGUCGCGCUCGAAUUCGAAGCCAAAGGGGAUUUUGAAGAAUGCACCCCCAGCGUCCGGCACAGGCCAACACUUGCAGUGGGAUGAGGAGAACCUCGCCCUGACUGAGGCGCAAAAGGAUAGCCAGAUGAAGAUCACGGAGCCCAAGACCCCUUAUGUGCGAUACAACGCAGAGACAGAUACGCUCGAAGGCGAUAUUCCCGCCCUCGAUCUUAAUGGCAUAAACGGAAGGGUGGCGAGCCCUGUUUCAUCUCUUCGCGGGCAAUCGCCGUCGAGCAGUACUGGCGCUACAGGUGGCGGUUCCACCCCUUCCUCUCGUCGCACAUCCUUCUCUAGCAACGGUCGUACGUCGACACCCGUGGGACGGGGGAGCGGGAGUUCUAGCAGGAGCACGAGCUUCAACCUUCCCAGCGAGGCGCGCGACUCGAUCCGGCUAGAGGACAGCCAGCCCGGGGAUGAAAUUGAGUUUGAGGAGGAGAUGGACGAAGAAACUGCUGCCAAACAUGCGGCGUUUGUGCGGGCGCGAGGACGACACUAUUCUAACGAAGCCGAAGCCAUGAAGAUGGCGAAGAAACUGAUGGAGGAAGAUGACGAAGAGAGUGUGGUAUCGGUGGACCACAGCGUCGACGAUGACAGCGCCAUGUCAGUGGACGAGGAGUCACCGGCGAAAAUGAACGGCAUCGUGCACGGGUGA